UGCUUCUCAACUCUUCCUCCCUGCCUUGCUGCCUUUCUUUCUUUCUUUCUUUCUGUCUUUGUUGUGUAGCUUAGCUAGCUCUCUGCAGCUACUGAUCCCAUUGGAACAUGUUACUUCUUCUUCUUCUUCCUGAAUCCAAUUCGGUUAGGCAACAGUUUCCGUUCCAUGGAGGGAUCAACAUCAUCACCGGCGUCUUCCUCCCAAUCCCUCGCUUUCUACGACUUCCUGGAUCGCAUGCGAAACCCUGCUUCCCUCGAUCUUCUUCGAUCAAUUAAGAGCUUCAUUGUAUCAUUUUCAUUCUAUCCAUGCAAUCCUGAAAGUGAUGGGAAAAGAGUGCAAGAGUUCUUCUCAACAACAGAAACUGCAAUAAGAGAUCAUCCAUUGUGGAUGGGUGCCACUGAAGAAGAGAUUGACUGUGCAAUGGAGGGUUUGGAGAAAUAUAUAAUGACUAAAUUGUUCUCCCGGACAUUUUCUGCUUUGCCUGAGGAUGCAAGGAUUGAUAAUGACAUAUCAGAGAAAAUAUGCUUGCUGCAAACCUUUCUGAAGCCUGAACAUCUGGACAUACCAGCACUUCUUCGCAAUGAAGCUUCAUGGCUGCUGGCUGAGAAAGAAUUGAGGAAAAUCAAUGGUUUCAAAUCUCCUCGUGAGAAACUAUUGUGUAUAAUGAAUUGUUGUAAGGUCAUCAACAAUCUGCUGCUCAAUGCAACAAUUUCUGAAAAUCAUGUGCCAGCUGGGGCUGAUGACUUUCUCCCUGUGCUCAUAUAUGUUACAAUAAAGGCCAAUCCUCCCCAAUUACAUUCUAACCUGAAAUUCAUCCAGUUGUACCGAUGGCAAGCAAAACUCGUCUCAGAAGCUGCAUAUUAUUUCACAAAUCUUGUGUCAGCCAUGGCAUUUAUAGUUGACUUAAAUGCUACAUCCCUUUCCAUGGAUGAGGACAAAUUUGAGGAAAACAUGGAAGCAGCCAAAUUGAAGAGCAAAUUAAAAAGUGAAGAAUAUCAGAUGAUCAAACAAGGGGAGGCCAAGUGCAGUUCAUCAGGCAAAAUGUGUGACGAAAUUGAAGAGACAAGAGUUAUGUCGCUUGAAUCAAAUUAUCCAUAUAUGGAAGCUCGGAGUGGAGAGUUGAAGGAGAGAGACGUUGACAGAUUGUUAAGUCUCUACAAGGAUUUAGUUUUGAAGUAUACAGCCUUGUGCAAAGCUAUUGAUUGCCUUCCAAUUUCAGAGAAAGAACCAAUUCUUGGACACCUAAAGAUGCAGGAAACAGUCAGUCUGGUUGCACCGCAGGGCCAAUGAAUUGGAAUAGAUAUGACCUCGGUUAAGGGAGUCGACGCGGAGCUUUUGCCUUCAACGCCGAGCUAUAAGCUGGGAUGAUCCGAGCUCUUCGUCCAGAGAGAUAUCACGUCACGGAGAGUAUGAACAAAGGGAGAGUGUACCUGCAAAAGGCAAUCUGAUACUUAAGUUAGUACUGAGAAUUCAGUAUAUCGUUUGAAGAUAAAAUAUCAUACCUUUAUAGGUGAGAUAAAAUAGGUCGAUUACGUUUCUAUU